GGUUUUCGUCGCUAUAUACACAUGCAAAAAACAAAUAUGCUCUUCGUAUAUACAGUGCGUUGUUUAUCCAUUAAUUAUAUUCAGUUAUCAAUUAUCGCACAUAUUUUUUUGAUCUUUUCAGACAGAUGAAUUUGAUUUGAUAAACAGUCAUGUCGCUGGACCAAACAGUGUGUGAAGAUCUCAAAGCUUUCGAAAGGCGACUUACUGAAGUUAUUGCUAGUCUACAACCAGCCACAACACGAUGGAGAAUGUUGUUGGGCUUGAUCUCUAUCUGUACAGCUAUCGGUGCCUGGCAUUGGCUGACAGAUCCAAAUACAUCAGCAGUAUCCUUUACACAGAGUUUAUGCAAUCAUCCAUUCUUCACAAUGGCUAGUAUAAUAUUAGUGAUAUUAUUUAUGAUGGGAGUGCAUAGACGAGUGAUAGCACCCAGUAUUAUAACUCAGCGAGCCAGAAGUGUGCUUGGUGAUUUUAACAUGAGUUGUGACGAUACAGGAAAGUUGAUAUUGAAGCCCACUAGAUCUUCGCAUCCUCACGAGACUUAAAAAUGUUUCUAUCUAUAAAUAAAAAUGUAAAUGUUAAUAUA